UAUCCAUUCAUCUCACAACCCAAUUGCUAGCUAAUCCUCUCUCUCUCUCUCUCUCUCUCUGCAUUCCCUGCCGAUAACAGGAUGAUGAUGCUGAAAGCUGGUGGCAAUGUGAUGGUAACAACAAUGGGAGCAGAAGUGGAGAAGGAGGAGAGGAAGCUGCUGCUGCUGCCUAGAGAAAACGCAACUCACAAUUCCAUUCUCCCUCUUCUCUCCAAUUGUACAUCAAGAGGCUGUAGUAGUAGUAGUAGUAUUCAUCACAUUCCCUAUCUUCUUCAGACAGUAAGCAAGCACAGAGAUUCAGUUUAUGCGGCGAGGAGGAGGAGGAGAGCAGCAAACAUGGAGACAGACACGUACGUUGUGAUGGAACCUGGGAAGAACGAGGAGUUUGUGUCGCAGGAAGAACUAAGAGCCAGGCUCAAGGGUUGGCUGGAGAAUUGGCCUGGCGAGACGCUGCCGCCGGACCUGGCGAAAUUCGAGGACAUUGAUGAUGCUGUUUCAUACCUCGUCAAGUCUGUUUGUGAACUAGAGAUUGAUGGGGAUGUGGGUUCUAUCCAGUGGUUUGAAGUUCGAUUAGAGUGAUUGAGUGACCAUUAACAUGCUUUUCUAGCUGUAAUACUACUGGAAACUUCUAAUGAUUCGCUGUUCAACUUCGA